AUGUCGAGAAGUUCUAGAAAGGACGGCGUUCCAUGGUUGCAUGCGGCCGCCGAGAAUGGUUGGUCAACCCUUGCCAAUCGGCUGAUUGUUUCCGGGGCGGAUAUGUCCGCUACGGCCGAGGACCAAGCCACAGCUUUUCAUUGGGCGUGUGGAUUGGGACACGUUGACGUCGCGCUCUUGAUGAUUGGGCAAGGUGCCAACAUAAACCAGAAAGAUAGAACAGGGGUCACAGCUUUGGAUGGAGCAAUAUCAAACGGACAUCAAGAUAUUGUGGAUUUACUUCUUGAUGCUGGGGCGAAUACUAAUUCUGGUGAUGAGAAUGGAAUGAUUGCAUUGCAUUAUGCAGCAUGCCAUGGCCACCUUGAAAUAAUAAAUCGCCUCGUUUCGAGGGGAGACGAUGUGUCUGCGCGAGAUCACGAUGGGUGGACCUCGUUGCACUACGCAGCUUGGGGUGGGCAUGAAUCUGCUGUGAAAACGUUGCUGGGCCACGGAUGUGAUGUUGAUGCAAGGUGUUUGAAAGGGAAAACAGCACUCUGGGUGGCGGACAAUGUGGGAAAAGAACGAGUAGGACAGCUGUUGAUUGAACACGGUUCCGAGGUUAAUAUUAAUGUUGGUGGUUGGACAUUGUUGAUGGAGAUGGUGAAACGAGAAGAGGAGGGUAUGGUAAAAUUACUACUCGAUGCUGGGGCCCUUGUCAAUACUAGGUUUUGGACCUGGUGGACUGCUUUACACGAAGCGGCCAUGAGAGGUCAUUCAGUUAUAUUACAGCUGCUGUUGACAAGAGGAGCAGAUAUUGAGGCAAAAGCCAGAAGUGGGGCCACUGCUCUGAUUGAGAGCGCCGGUGGGGGACAUAUCGAUGUCGUAUCAUUGCUUUUGCAAUACGGCGCUGAUGUUGAAGCAAAGGACAGAGCGGGACAAACGGCACUCCAUCUGAGUGCAGCUGGGGGGCAUGGAACCCUAGUUUCGCUGCUUCUUAAGAAUGGGGCUGAUCCGGGAGCGAAAGAUAUGUCAGGCCGUACCCCACUCGAUGAAGCAUUGAGAGGAGGCCAUAAAGAUGUCUGGCGUAUGCUUGCCUAA